GGACGAGGGAAGUCCAAACGUGUAAUUCAUCAAAACGGCAAUAGUAUAAAAAAUCUUGGACAUUUUUUCUGCUACCCCUUUCUUCUCCGUUGGCGUGCCGGCGUACCGGCGGGAACCUCACAUUGAACUUCAGAACCGAAGUCGCGAAACAAUAAGAGAUGCCGAAGAGAACAACCCACACCUACUCGAGCGAAGACGCCGCCCCCGACGGGCCCGAUUCUGACCUGUUCGUUUACUAUUGCAAGCACUGCAGCUCUCAUGUCCUCAUUACAGAUACUCAAUUGCAGAAGAUACCAAAAAGGAAGACUGACAAAGCAUAUGUGUUGGACAAGAAGAAGUAUCUUGCUAGGCUGAACAUACAAGAGGCUGGAAAAGUUCUCUUAAAACGCGGAGAGGGGAAAUUGGAGAAGCAGUAUCGCAUGAAUUGUGUUACUUGUGGGCUCUUUGUUUGCUAUCGAGCAGAAGAAGAUCUUGAAUCUGCCUCUUUCAUUUAUGUCAUUGACGGGGCACUCAGUUCAAUAGCUGCUGAGACAAAUCCACAGGAUGCUCCUGUGCCACCAUGCAUAUCACAGUUAGAGGGAGGCCUUGUUCAAGUAGCCAUCGAAGUAGAAGAUCGUGCACAGCGCUCUGCAAUCACAAGAGUAAAUGCUGAUGAUGUUCGGGUGACUGUAGCUGCAGCUGCAGCAAGAGGAGAGGCAAACAAUGAGCUUCUAGAACACAUGGGAAAGGUGUUGGGAUUAAAAUUGAGCCAGAUGACUCUUCAAAGGGGUUGGAAUAGCAAAUCAAAGCUUCUUGUGGUGGAGGAUUUGACUGCUAGACAGGUAUAUGAGAAACUCCUGGAAGCUGCACAACCAUGAUGCUUGUUGGGGGAGGCAUUUCACCCUUAAGUUGUAACUUUCUGUUUAUUGUCUUCUCUCCCGUGUAACAUGUUUCUUUAAUUCUAUCUUUCUGGAUGUCAUUUGGUAUUCUUGUAAUUCAUUUCAGAAGUACCUAAUUCAUGUCAUUCAGCUGUUGGGUUUGGACUUGUAUUAGUUGAACUUGCACAUUUACUGGGUGCACUGCUUUUACAGAUCUGUUUGUGUUUGUAGAUGCAAUGUCUUCAUGAUUUCCAAGAUGGAUAUAUGCUGAAAUGGAAAUUUUAGUA